ACCAAUAGAAACAUCAACAACAAGCUUGACUUUUUGAAGAAAACGGAGGUCUGUCAAGUCAACUGUCCACAGCCUCAUCUUCACUGUAAAACCCUAGCUCUCCAAAACCCUAAUCUCUCUCUCUCUCUCUCUCAUCAACGACGAUGGACGCCCACCCCACACGCCUAACCGGACCAGUCCGCUCGCGGAGCUCACAAUCCCCGUCCCCCUCCCACUCGGCCUCGGCCUCCGCCACAUCCUCCGUCCACCACAACCGCACCAAGCUCCCCCCCACCGCCACCGCCUCCGACGCGCCGUUGCCCUUCCCCUCCCCCUUCUCCGACACCACCACCACCCGGGACGGCGCCCUCACCUCCAACGACGACCUCGACAGCAUCAGCGCCCGCCGCGGCGGCUCCGACUCCGACGAGGAGGAGUCCGAGGAGGAAGAGGAGUACGACGACUCGUCGAUGCGUACAUUCACGGCCUCGAGGCUGGGGAAUAAUGCCGAGAGGAGUAAUGCGAAGAUUAAGAGUGAGGGUUUGGUUAAGGUUGAGCCGUCUGAGGGUGGGAAGGACGGUGGAAGUGGCACUGGCGGCGGUGGAGGGGUUGGUGGUGGUGUUAGUCAGGUACCGGGUAUUGUGGUGAAGGAGGAUACAGGGAAGAAUAUUUUCACGGAGAAUAUGCAGACUAGUGGGGCUUAUAGUGCUAGGGAAGAGAGUUUGAAAAGAGAGGAGGAAGCUGGAAGGCUCAAGUUUGUAUGUGUUUCAAAUGAUGGUAUUGAUGAGCAUAUGGUUUGGUUGAUAGGACUGAAGAAUAUAUUUGGCAGGCAGCUGCCUAAUAUGCCUAAGGAGUACAUUGUUCGCCUUAUAAUGGACAGGAACCACAAGUCUGUUAUGGUUAUCAGACGUAAUCUGGUCGUUGGUGGCAUAACAUACCGUCCGUAUGUCAGCCAAAAGUUUGGGGAGAUAGCUUUUUGUGCAAUCACAGCAGAUGAGCAAGUAAAAGGUUAUGGCACAAGACUGAUGAAUCACUUAAAGCAGCAUGCUCGUGAUGUUGACGGAUUAACUCAUUUUCUGACAUAUGCUGACAAUAAUGCUGUUGGGUAUUUUAUUAAACAGGGCUUUACGAAAGAGAUUCACUUAGAGAAAAAACGGUGGCACGGCUAUAUUAAAGACUAUGACGGAGGAAUCCUUAUGGAAUGCAAAAUGGAUCCAAAGCUUCCGUACACUGAUAUAUCAACUAUGAUACGCCGUCAGAGGCAGGCAAUUGACGAAAAGAUAAGGGAGUUGUCAAAUUGUCACAUUGUCUACGCUGGGAUUGACUUUCAGAAGAAAGAAGCUGGUAUUCCCAAAAAAAUUGUCAAAGUUGAAGAUAUUUCUGGCUUGAGGGAGGCUGGUUGGACACCUGAUCAAUGGGGUCAUUCUCGGUUUAAAACAGUAAAUGCUUCUGGAGACAAUGCCUCAAAUCAGAAAUCUUUGACCAUGUCCAUGCGUGCACUUCUAAAGGCAAUGCAUGAUCAUCCUGAUGCUUGGCCGUUCAAAGAACCAGUUGAUGCACGUGAUGCUCCUGACUAUUAUGACAUCAUUAAAGAUCCCAUGGAUUUGAAAACGAUGUCAAAGCGUGUGGAGUCAGAGCAAUAUUAUGUGACUUUUGAGAUGUUUUUGGCGGAUGUGAGGAGGAUGUUUGCCAAUGCACGCACAUACAACUCGCCUGAAACAAUCUACUAUAAAUGUGCAACCAGGUUGGAAACCCAUUUCUCGGGCAAAGUUCAAUCUGGUCUCCAAUCUGGUACCAAAAUCCAGCAUUGAUAAACUUCAGUCGGGAAGAGUAUAUAUUCUACUUAAGCUGUAAUUUUAUAAAAACUAAAGGUUCCUUGCUCCUUUUUAGUUGAAAUAUAAUAAUUACCUUCUUGGUUUUUAUGUAUUCAUGUCAUGCAAUUUGUUGUAUUAAUUAGGCUGGUGUUUUUAAUUCUGGCCAUGUUUAAAAAGUUUGCAAAACCAGAUCAACCAUCGUGUAUUCGAGACGAUAAUAACUUUCGUUUGGGAUGUGGAUACGUGCCAUGGUUGUCGUCUUGGGUUGGGUUUCA